AUGUCACCGCCUGCAGCGUUCCGCGUGGCCCUGGUGUGCGGGGGCAACGGCCGCGGCAGCAUCAGCCUGGCGCUGGGCACCUGUGGCAGCAGCGCGUGUGUGGCGUACAAGUUGACAGUCACCACGCCCAAAGACACGCCGCCCUCGCAGCUCUCCCUCCUCGCGCCCACCAACAGCAGCGCCACCACGGGGGGCGGUGCAGCCCCCCCAUGCGCGCAGGGCACGUGUCCGUUCCCCCUGCUGCCAGACGCCAUCACCUGGAGAAAACCUGCUGCCGCCAUCCCCACUCUCUGGGAAGCCGUAGGGCACUUCAUCCUCCCCCCCUCUGCUUCCACCACCACCUCUGCUGCUGCUGCUGCUGCUGCUGCUGCUGCUGCUGCCACUGCCUCUCUCUCGACCGCCUUCCCUGCUGCCGCUCUGACGGCUGCAACUGCUGAUUUCGGUGCUGCUGGUGGUGCUGCUGGUGUUGCUGGUGUUGCUGGUGCUUCUGCGUGUGCUGCUGGUGCCUGCAGUGCACCUCUUGCUGAUGGGUCGUUGCUUGAAGCGCCUCAAAGAUUGCUGCUCGUGUUUCCAGCUAAGGACAAGGAACCCCCGCCUCCUUCCUCCUCCCCUCCGCCUCCCUCCCCCUCCUCCCCUCCUCCUCCCUCCACCACCACCACUGGUAGCAGCGGCAGCAGCAGCAACAACGGCAACGGAAACGGAAAUGGCAACAAGAGCCCACCUCCCUCCUCUGCUUCCCCUCCUCCUCCCUCUCCUCCUCCUCCCUCUCCUCCUCCUCCUUUUCCUCCUCCUCCCUCUCCUCCUCCCCCUUCUCCUCCCCCUCCCUCUCCUCCUCCUCCCUCUCCUCCAUCUCCCUCCCCUUUCCUCGAACCCCCCGUCUCUCCGCCCCUGCCCCCCCCAGUCUCCUCACCUCCUAACCUCCCUGCUUCCCCUCCUCCUAACCUCCCUGCUUCUCCUCCUCCUGACGUCCCUGCUGGGAGCGGCAAUGCAAUGCCACUACCAAUGGCAAUGGCAAUGGCAAUGGCAACGGCAACGGCAACAGUUGGCAACGGCAAUGGCCCUUCCUCCUCUCCUCCUCCUGUUUCCGCUCCCCCGUCCUCCUCCCCUCCCCUGCCUCCCUCCUCCCCACCUCCCUCCUCCCCACCUCCCUCCACCCCUCCUCCCUCCACCCCUCCUCCCUCCACCCCUCCUCCCUCCUCCCGUGCUCCCUCCUCCCCUCCUAUCAACCCCAGCCCUGCAUCUCUAGCAGCAGCACUCGCGUCCCUCCGCACUGCAGGGGAGAAUGGAGGCUAUGUGGGGGGAGGGCCGAGUGGUACGGGGGAGACUGGGUCAGGCGGGCGUGCAGCGCAAUCCUGGCCGUUGAUCUCGAUGGAGUAUGACGAGAUACCGGGCAGUCCAGGUGGCGCGCAGGGAUUGGCUGUUGGGGAGUUUGCAGGGAGCACGAUCACUGCCUUUGACCGAGCAUCUGCCCCGUUGCCAGCACUCACAUCCCCGCAAUUCGCCAUCAACCUCACAGACCCCAUGCCGGGAGGGGCUCACAUCAGGUGUGAUAUGCAUGCUCUACCAUUAACCUCACUGACCCCAUGCCGGGAGGGGCUCACACCAGGGUUGAUCAGCUGUACGUCUCUCCUUCCCCCUCUCGCUCUCCUCCUCUUUCCUCCCUUUCUGAGUGUAAUACGCUUGCUCUACCAUCAACAUCACGGGCGCAUGCCGGGCGGGGCUCACAUCGGGGAUGUUGCACGGUACGUCUCUUGA